GCUCGUCGUUCUCAGCAGCAGGUUCACGGUCUGCAGACAGAGAACCAGAGUCUGCAGCUCCACCUGGAGGACACUCAGGGACACUGCAGACAGCUGGAGGACAGGGCCAGGACACUCAGACGGGAUGUGUCCGUCCAGCAGGAGGAGCUGUCUGUGCUGCGGAUGGAGGCCCAGGCUCUGAGAGACAGACAGGUGGAGCUCCAGCAGCUGAGGGAGGAGCUAACCCGACAGACUGCAAGGAGACAGGAUGAGAACUCAUCUCUUCAACAAGAAGUCCAGACACUUCAGACCCAUCUGGACCAGACAAAAGCCCACUUACACCACACCAGAACCCAGCAUAAAGACACCAGGACCCACGUAGACCAGACCAGAAUUCAGCUGGACCAGAUUACAGCUGCCAUGAUGGAUCCUCAGGAGGUUCAGAGUGGACCAGAACAGCUGCAUGAGAACAAGUACAGGUACCAGUACUCUUACGGUACUCCUACGGUACUCCUACAGUACUCCUACAUAAAUCCUACGGUACUCCCACGGUACUCCUAAAUUACUCCUACGGUACUCCUACAGUACUUCUACGGUACUCCUACAGUACUCCUACGGUACUCAU